AUGUCGAUCAAUCAUCUCGAACUUGCAAAAAAGCCACAAAAGACAGGAGGACAACUCGACCCGCCGUCCAAACGCCUCGGGUUUUUGCUCGGUUUCAAUCGAGGCACGUCAACCCCCAUUUCCACGUUGUCGUCGCAAUUCCCACCAUCAUCUCAGCUCUCAUCCUCAGCGGUGCCUCCCCGUACCCACGGCGCAUUUGACGAGACCUACGAAGUUUACGACCCCACAACACUUACGACCCAUUCACGGCAACGCCAGCAGCAGGCUGCUUACGACACUGUCCCUGACCCUUCCCAUCACACCCUACGUCGCCCUUCAAAAGGCGACGACGAAGACGACGACCAGGCACACGGUGAUCACUCCCGUCUACGAGGCAGCUCAUACUGGCCCCAUAGGUCUACCCGUGUUUCGCCACCUACAGCGUCGGCGAUUCUUUGGGCGCUAGAGGAAGCGAUUCGAAAGCCGGUCCCUUUUACACUAGACUGGGAGGAAGUGAAUGCCUCUAUGGCUGAUAUGGCUGGGAUUUCUAGCUCCGCAGGGCUCGGGGGAACUGGCCGCACACAGAAUGGGGCUGCGCGAGCAUCCCAGGGCCCUGUGCCUGUAAACCCUCACCCGGCGAGUGGAGUGAGGACCCCGACUGAUAUCAUGCGGCAGCGCCGAGAUCGGGAAGCUCGUAAAAAGGCAGAGCAGGAGGCUAGAAACAGGGAACAGGAAGAAGCCGAGCGCCGGAGGCAGGAAGCACAAGACAAGUCGCAGGCUCAAGCCUAUACUGCUGCUGGCGUUGCCGGAGACAGGACAUCUCAAGGGAGGACCGCAGCUCCCAGAGCAGUUCCGGGAGCCGAAAAUAAAUCAGACAUUCGCGGAACAUCUUCCGCCACUCAGCAACCUCCAGGACACUCUCCUGCCACUCGACGACCUCCUGCCCCGCCUCAGGCGCCUGGAGGGCAGUCCCAACAAACUUCGGCUCCACAGCAGCAGCAGCCGCUCCAAGGUGCACCAGGCCUCUCCAAACCGCAACCCCAUUCCUCGCACCCUGGUCAGCCAGGCGCCCCCCCGUCGCAGCAGCAAGUACGUCGUGUUGCGUUUCCUCACGCGUUCGAACGAUGGGAAACUUUAUCUUCGCACUGGGAAGGGUUGACAGGGUACUGGAUUCGAAAGCUCGAACAAAAUAAUGAAGCGUUGGAACGUGACCCGAUCAGCCAGCAGAUGGCCCGUCAAGUCACGGAUCUAUCUGCUGCCGGCGCCAAUCUUUUCCAUGCAGUUGUAGAGCUGCAGCGCUUGCGAGCAUCAUCUGAGCGGAAAUUCCAGCGAUGGUUCUUUGAUACCCGUUCUGAGCAAGAACGAGCAAAAGAAGUCCAAGCCGAGUUGGAGCGGCAGCUACGGACUGAGCGUCAGGCACGCUCGGAAGCUCUGGCGGCAUCCCAGAAAGCCGAAAAUGACAAAAUCCGAGCCGAAGACUUGCUCAGAGAUAUGCGCCGGGAGCUUCAGAUAUCCAAAGACGAAGCCCGUCGAGCUUGGGAGGAGCUAGGGCGUCGUGAGCAAGAAGAGAGGGAGCGAACCAAUUCUCUUCGAAAUGGAGAGCCUACAUUAGUGGGAGGUGUGCAAGUGGUACCCAUGAUCCAGGGUCUGCCAAGUCGGCAGAAUCCCUCGAAUCGUCCCCCAACCCGAGAAAGCCCCUACGCUGGAGGCGAAGGCAACGGAAAACCUGGCGGUCUGACCUCGGAAGGACAAUACUACGACGAGACUCCUAGUUCACCCACCGAGACCGACCCAUUUACUGAAGGUCGAAGGGCUCACCAGGAGUCGGAUGUACAACGCUUAGGUCCUCCACAGCCGCCCACCACGACUGCAGAAGCAACCGGACAUUACACUAGUCACUACUUUGACCAGGGGGGUGCAUAUCCAGCCGGCCCUACUGCUGAAAAUGAUGAUCGGUCAUACGUCGGCAGCAGUGAGCCUGGUGAAGAAGAGUAUGGUACCUAUCGCCGCAAUCCGCAGGGCCGCCCGAUUGUUUAUCCCAAGGCUAUGUCUGAGGAUAGUGAUGAAUAUGAGCAGGGAUCUAUGGAUGGCAGUGAAGGCGCGUAUGUACCCACUUCCAUGCCUCCAUCCUCCGGGCCAUCGUAUGCAGGCUACGGACAAGGGUCCGUGGAUUAUAGCGGUUCGGGAUGGGGCGUUGGCAGUGGGUGGGAAUCAGUGACUCCUCGACAUCGUCAUCCUACACGUCUCAGCGAUGUCCUGGAAGAGGAAGAGCCCCGGACAACCCCCAGCCGUGCUAGCCGUGCCAGCCAAGCUAGCAGGAGUGUACAUUGA